AAAAUGCUCAAAUAUAAGGAAACAAUCUUUUAAAAGAUAAAUGGAAACAUAUAGAGAAAAAUUAAGUCUAAAUUAUGUUUAAAUUGUGAAAUCCAAACUAUGUCGGAAACUUUUACCUAGUUUUGUGGAUUUUUGGCAAAAUGUGUCGCUUUUAAGUUUUAAUCUGGCAUUGUGUGUAUUUGUCUUUAUGUAAUUUGGGAAAAUAUUUAGUGCUGACAAAUUGUAUCAACUGAGAAUUAAUAUUCAUCACCUUCAUACGCAGCACAUUUUGAAGUUGAUUUAAUUUAUUGAGACAUUUUGCAUAUAUGUUAGAAGCCCUGCAGAUUUCUGUAGAGGCAUAAGGUUGAUUAAUUUGUUUGCUGGAUUUUGGAGGAGAGGAUGUUAGACAUGCACCCUCAAAGGGACGUCUUUGCUCUGUGUGUGUGUGUGUGUGUGUGUGUGUGUGUGUGAGCAGGGCCUGGAGUGCAGCCGAGAAGGAGAGCGUGAGGCGGAGAGGGAGGAGGCUUGUUCUCAUCAAAAGAGCUCUCAAGUUAAUGAGACCCCAAAGCCCUCAGACCCCCACAGCUCCACACACAGAAACAGAGAUAAACAAGGAGCCGGAGGGAAACGUCUACGCUGGAUCUGAAAUGACGUGGCGGGAGGAGCUCCGCAGUCGGCAGUUCUGGAGCGCCGCCUUGGCAGAGCUGCUUGGCACCCUGGUGUUAGUGAGCGCCGUGCUGGGCGCCUCUGUUCCAGGGCCCGGCGAGGCCCCCGGGGGGCCCCUGUAUCCAGCUGUGGCAGUGGGUGUGGUCAUUGUUGCACUGGCACACUGCUUUGGAGAAAUAAGUGGAGCGCAGGUGAACCCGGCUGUCACGCUGUCCUUGCUGGCCACCCGGAAGCUGGACGCUCUGCGGGCGCUCGUUUACCUGGUGGCUCAGUGUUUGGGGGCCUGUUUAGGGACCUCGGCCCUCUACCUGGCCCUGCCCCUCAAAGCCACAGCAGAGCACUUUGUUAACAGGGUUCCUGCAGAUUUGAAUGCAGCGCAGGCUCUGUGCAUCGAGGUUCUGUGCACCUUUCAGAUGGUUUUCACCGUCUUCUCAGUGGAGGAGCAGAGACGGAAGGAGAGCGUGGAGCCAGGAAAUCUGGCCAUUGGGUUUUCUCACACUGCUGGAGUGCUAAUAGGGGCUCGUUUCUCUGGUGCCAGCAUGAACCCUGCACGCUCCUUGGGUCCAGCCAUCAUCACUGGAUUCUGGGAAAAUCACUGGGUGUACUGGAUCGGUCCCAUCAUCGGUGCUCUACUGGCAGGAGUGUCCCAUGAGUUCUUCUUCGCCCGCAGCGCCUCUCGCCAGAAGCUGGUGGCCUGUUUGACCUGCAAGGACAUUGAGAUCGUUGAGACGGCCAGCAUGACCGGCUCGUCUCUGUCCACAGUCACUCAGAACGCCAUGAGAGCCAAACAUGCCAACAAACAGGAAAGCAACUGAAGACGGACGGUGGUUUAGUCAGGCUUCGAUGGUGAUGAGCGAAGGCAGGAGCUGAGUUACCAACGGUUAAACUCCUUAAACGUCCCGUGCCAAAAAAUCACAAAUCAGACUGAUGAUCUGAAGAUUGUUGUGCAAUAAAUAAAAACAAAUCUGAUUAUGAUAACUCGCUUAAAACAGAAGAAUCAAUCUAAGAGUUUCAUAUCAGUCAAUAUUGAUAAUUAUUGAUUAGGUUUUUUUUUUUGUUGUUCUAAAUAUCUCAAAU